AUGGCCUCCGCCAUGCCUUUCCCCUUUGAGUCCCACAAGUCGCCGGCGGACAUCGUCAAGAACCUUAAGGACAGCAUGGCGGUGCUCGAGAAGCACGACAUUUCGGACAAAAAGGCAGAGAAGGCCACAGAGGAGGUGUCAAAAAGCCUGGUGGCCAUGAAGGAGAUCCUGUACGGCACAAACGAGAAAGAGCCCCAAACAGAAGCGGUGGCCCAGCUAGCCCAAGAGCUCUACAACAGUGGCCUGCUCAGCACUCUGAUAGCAGAUCUGCAGCUCAUCGACUUUGAAGGGAAGAAGGAUGUGGCUCAGAUCUUCAACAACAUCCUGAGGCGUCAGAUCGGCACACGGACACCCACAGUGGAAUACCUGUGCACGCAGCAGAACAUCCUCUUCAUGCUGCUCAAAGGGUACGAGUCUCCAGAGAUCGCCCUGAACUGCGGCAUCAUGUUGAGGGAAUGCAUCAGACACGAACCGCUGGCCAAAAUCACGCUGUGGUCGGAGCAGUUCUACGAUUUCUUCAGAUACGUGGAGAUGUCCACGUUCGACAUCGCCUCAGACGCUUUCGCCACUUUCAAAGACCUCCUCACAAGACACAAGCUACUGAGCGCAGAGUUCCUGGAGCAACAUUAUGACAGAUUCUUCAGUGAAUACGAGAAGUUACUCCACUCAGAAAACUACGUGACUAAAAGGCAGUCUCUGAAGUUACUCGGGGAGUUGCUUCUCGACCGACACAAUUUCACCAUAAUGACGAAAUACAUCAGCAAGCCAGAGAAUCUUAAACUCAUGAUGAACCUGCUGAGGGACAAGAGCCGCAACAUCCAGUUUGAGGCUUUCCAUGUUUUCAAGGUGUUUGUGGCCAACCCGAACAAGACGCAGCCCAUCCUGGACAUCCUGCUGAAGAACCAGACCAAACUCAUCGAGUUCCUCAGCAAGUUCCAGAACGACAGAACAGAGGACGAACAGUUCAACGACGAAAAGACUUACCUGGUCAAACAGAUCCGGGACCUGAAGAGGCCUGCCCCCCAGGAGGCCUGAGGGAGGGUUCAGGGGUGGGGGGGUGGGGAGCCACCAGGACCAUGUCUGGACUACAUCCAGACUUUGUCUGCUUAACGGACCCAUCAGCAGCUGCUGUUCUGGUUUCUGAACAAAAAUUGAGGAAACAAUAGAAAACCAACGUACCCAUCUUCAACUCAUCCACUCAUCGGGAAGUCGCCAGCUCCUCUGCUCCGCUGAGACCAUUCAAGUUUAUUUUAGUUUUUUCCGUCAGAUGAAACAAGAGAAAAUAAUAGAUGCUGCUGCUUUCUUGCACAUUGAGACAUUAAAGGUAUAUUACAAAGACAACAGUCCAUCAAACACAGCAAGAGAAAAUGUCUAUCAGUUAAGGCGAGGCAGACUUCCUGAUCAACACAAACAGAAGUUAACACGUUUACACACAUGUAUGUAUUACAAAAAAAAAAAAAAAACAUGCAUACACACACACACACUGCAAAAACAUCCGCUAAAUCCUCCAGAUGGAAACGGUACGAGCAAGUUGAACAUUGGUGUGUUUGUUGCAUGCCUUGAAAUGUGACAGAUCCAUGGCUGUGCCCAGCGUCGGCUCUGCGAUGGCCCACUCGGUCAGGCUCCCGUGUUCAGUGCCACAGACUCGGAAAAGCACGUGCAUCACGACAACCGCUUCAGCUCCUGCCUAUGCCUUCAUCCAGUAACGCUACGGUGAUUCAUUUGAAUAAUCGGUGGGGACAGUUGUUCUCUGAGAUGCCAUCACGCAGAACCUUUACCUCCUGUGUGCUCUGUUAAGACACAGCACUCAAAGCACAUGAGAAGAGGAGGGAGGGAUGGAAGGUAUGAGUUUGGUGAAAGCCCCAGAGUCGGGUGUCUUUAGUGAUAUUAUUUUGGGACAGGGUGAACAUGUACAUAUGCCUUUUUUUUUGCUUUGUAGAUUUUUGUUUAACCUUGACAUAUGAAUAUAUAUUAUAUAUAUUACCUGAAACAUCAAGUUUUUGGUUAAUCGUAAUCAAAUUACUUUCUAAACCAUACGAGAAACAAGCGAAGUGAUUUUGUUUUACGCAUUUCCUUUUACUGCUGAAAUGGUUGCUGGUGAUUUCUUUGUACAUAACUUAGGGCCGGCUCAAGUUUAGCUAACCUAUAGGAUAUUAACAAUUUGUACAGCGGAGGAAUGUCAUGGUAUUAGCUCUGGAUCUGUUAACCCUCCUCAUCCCUCUCUCCAUCAAACAUGCAGGGUGAGAGCACUAAGGGAGGGGAGGGAGGUUGCUGGGAGAGCAUUAACUGAAACAUUAAAGCCUGUGUGUUUGUGCACUUUGUGAGGUGCUGAGUGAUCACCUAACUGGAGUCGAGGGUAGCAGGGUUUACCACCCCUCGUCCGUAUCAUUAACUUGCUUUGGUUCUCAUACUCUCUGCGGGUGGCGAGCGAGUGCUGUGUGGCCUCACAGUGAGAGCGCAUCAGGGGUGAGCUCAUUAGGACACAACUUGGAAUUUCAUCCUUCCUUUUCUCCUCACGUUUGAGCCUUUAUCUUCAGAGGGUUAUAAUUCCAGUACAAUUAUGAGUGUAAAGCAUUGUGGGUAGCAGAGGCAUGUGGGACUGAGGAAAAACUGAUGAAACCACUAUUCAUUUACUGUGAAUGACAUGGUCUCAUUUGUGUUAACAUUCAAAGAGGCGCUUAAGGAACCAUCUGGGUGCAAAAUAACAGCGCUGCCCCGAUCAGCUGCAGGUCCUCCAUACACAUUGAACAUGCAUGUUCCUCCACUGGCUGUGCAUGAUGCUGUACUGAAGGUGUUGUACUGGAAUUGUUUCUUUAUUCCAAUAUUAAACAACAUUGAAAUGUCAAAUUGAACUCUGGGCUCUAUGCUGGCUGUGACUCAGUCUCGGCUUAGAGCGUGUGGGUGCUUUCAGAAGUGUCAAAGGCCUGGGCCCUACAACUGAAAUAAAGAAAAGAAAAACAUUUGGAAUAAAAUAAA